ACAUAUGGAAUUCGCCGUACCAUAGGUAAAAUUAAUUCGCGAGCCUAUCCGUCGCUCCGUAUAUCAUCGUUACGCCCUCGCGCCUUCGCCGUACGGUAGAGCACAACGAGACGAUUAAAAAAAGAUUUCUCAGCGCCUUUAUCAUGAUGUUUGUGUCCCCAUUAUUCGUAUACUUUGGGAUCAGCAAAGCCAUUUUACAAAAGACUACCAUUUGGGAACUGUUGGGCAUAAAAUUGGUCGGUUUAUUCCAAGCGACUGUUUUACCGCUGCUUUUAACGAUGAUCUUGUUCUUGGGGCCACUGAGUGUCCAGGCACUGAAUGGGCCGUGGGAAUUAUACGCCGCACCCACCCACUCUAUAAAAAAUAUUAGAUCGCUCAUAUGGUGGCGGAACCGAAUUGUUGCUCCUUUAUCCGAGGAAUGGACUUUCAGAGCCUGUAUGCUGCCCCUACUUCUACAGUGUUAUAAACCUACUACCGCUAUAUUUAUAUGCCCAUUAUUUUUUGGCGUUGCACAUUUCCACCACGUUAUUGAAAUGAUCAGGGCGGGUGUGAAAUUUCAGGAUGCUCUUAAGUUAUGCAGUUUUCAGUUCGUUUACACUACACUGUUUGGUGCCUAUGCUGCAUUUCUAUUUGCUAAAACUGGUCAUUACAUCGCACCAUUUACAGCCCACGCAUUUUGCAACCACAUGGGAUUUCCAGAUCUUACUGAAGUUUUGGCUUGCAAGGAUCCAGUGAGAAGAAAAAUAUUACUCAGUUUAUUUUUUGCUGGAGUAAUCGGGUGGUGUUCUUUGUUGGCGCCUAUGACAAAUCCCGCUUGGUUUAGCAAUAAAUUGUUUUGGCAAAUCGAUCCACUUUGAAAUAGUUAGUGCAUAAUUAAAUUAAUGUACUACAUGGAUUGCGUACACUAAUCAACUUCUUCAGUUUUCUC